AUGUCUAUUUUGAUUAAUGCAAUCAAUACAAAGCGGCAUGAAUUUUUCUCAUUUCUUAAUUUGUUCUUUUUUUCUCAUUUUAUAUUUAUAGAUAAUGUUGCUUCUUUAGCAAUGGGAAAAUCUGCGCGACGGUCAAUAAAAUCAGAUGAUCCGUCGUCGCCAUCCAGUUCACCAUACAUUUUUUAUCAUCACUCAACUAAUCGACCAGAUUCCUUUCAAUUGUGGUCGUCAAACCUUACAGCAAACGACUUCUCAUCAACAACGAAAAUUGACUCAACGUUUGGUGAAGCAUUGAGUCAAACAAAAAAUGUUGAAAAUAAAACAUCACGGAUCGAGACACCAUCACAUGGUGAUGUGUCGUCAUCGUCGAAGCCUUUCGAUACGUCAUCAGAAACUCCAACAAAAAAGCCUGCAACGACAACUUACAGGGCUUUCACCACCACUUAUAAAUCAACUGCAACGGCAAGAAGUUUUGGAAACUUCACAAAUCGAAGCGGUGAAAUGUCGGAUCUCGAGAGAAAAACCGAGAGGGAAUUAUUAAGAGAAGAAUUUUUUGCCACUUAUGAUGUUAUGACUGGAAUUCGAAUUGCUGCCACAUUGGGUGGCUUCUUUUUUCUUAUGGUCUUUUUAAUAGUUUAUAAGAGUCGUAGUCAUUCAAACAAAGCUUUAAGGGAUCCCAAAAUUCAAGCACGUGCUGCUGCUGCUGUUCAAGAUGAAGAAGAUAGAGAAAUGCAAGAAGCUUAUGAGAAGACAGCAUUUUCAUUGUAUCAAGAUGAACUCGAUGUGCCACCAAUGGACAUCGAUUUGCAACGAGAACGAAUUGUAUCAUUAGGAAAUGUUAGUUGUCCACCAUAUCUCUUAAACCCAAACCUUAGAUUUUCCUCGAUCGGCGGUUACAGUAGCUUACUAGAACCACCGAGACGAUAUUCCGGAGUGGGACGUCAACGUCGUCAAAGUAAUUCAGAUUCAUCUAGGAUACUUAGUGCCUAUCAUUUAAACGAUAAUUAUAGUAAUCAAAAUGAAAACUUUUUCAAUGAAAGCGAAGGCGAAGAGGCUGACGAUGAGUUUGAUCAACGUUUCACUACCACAACAGCUGAGAUUGCUUAUCCUCAUGGUCUUUUAUCUGUGCCAAGGGGUGCGGACUCACGACGCAGUAGCGGAAUGACAUGUUGCAGCACCGAAAGUUCAUUUUUGGAACGAAGAUGUUCAGCUAUAACAUUAGGAUUAAGUUCGUAUUCACGUGCUUCAUCACGUAGACCUAGUCGUGAUAAUUGGGAUUAUGAACCUGGUUAUCCUGGAAUUAACAUAAUCGAAGCAACGCCAAAAUCAUCGCCGUGUCCUAGUGAGCGUUUAACCCAUUGCAGUACCACUGUAACAAAAGAUCAUAUCAAAAUGUUUGAUCGAUUUAAAAGAAAACGACACGACGAUAAUUCGAUCGAUUCUAUUACUGAAUAUUCUGAUGAAAAUAUUCAUCAAUGUUGUAGUGAUAAAAAUGAAUUAUCAGAGAAUCUUGUAGUUGAUUCAAAUAGCAAUACACCAAUAGCGACUAUUGAUAACAUAAAUCAACAACCAGUUAUACGUAGAGCGCCUUUAGCAUCGCUUAGUUCAUUUAAAAUGUCAUCAUUUGAAUGUGCGGAUUCAGAUGCCAAUGGUUCAGUUUUUGAUGAUAGUGUCGCUGACACUGAUGAAGAUAUGGAACAGUUUAGCACGGAUAGUGAUGAGAUUAGUUUGCAGAGUCCACCUACAACAGAUCAACAUUUCCCGACCCAUAACACUCAAGAAUUUAAUAAUGGGAAGAAAGAUGAGAGAAGCAUAAAAAAAAAUUGUGAUGAAAAUGUUGUAAUUGUGAAUAUUGAAAAGCUUGAUGAGUUAGAAGACGCUGAAAGCACUCAACCAACGCUCAAAAGUUCCAUCAGCGUAUUCUCAUCUAGCGAGAAUGUAGAGCCAUGUGAAGAUAUCGAAAGACAGCAAUCAAAUGACAAAAUGUCGACGACACAUCCUGCAAGUUAUUCCGGUUGUAUCAGUAGUAGCGCUAGCGAUAAGAAAUCAAACAGUAGCGAAUGUGUUACAAUCAACGUAGUAGAAUAUAAAAAUGAGAAUGACGAAAAUCCUUCUGUAAAGCCAUCCGCCCCCUCUUCUGUGAUUCUUGAAAUGCCCGUUUUAGCAAAGCAAAAUAAAGCGAAUUCAAAUGAAUCUGUUUCUAUCAAUCCAGAUCAUUCUAUUGCUGGAACGUCUCAAGAGAAACAGAUGAAUAUUCCAGUUGUCAUGGAAGUUGAAGAAAGUGACAACGAAAAUACAACUGAAGACAGAAAUGCCGGAGAACCAUCUUUGAAGAGAACACUCAAUGAUGAAACAGAAACGAUAGAAGACGAAACAGCGAAAAAACCACGAUUAGAAACACUAUUGGAUGAUUUUAAUCUGGAUAACGUUGAUGCAAGGAUUAAAAUACAUGUUCUAAUAAGUCCAGAUGCCUGCGUUCAUGAAGUUGCAGUACAUCCAGAUCAAGAAUAUGAACCACUUAAGCAAUCAACGUUGCCACCGGCAAAAGAAUAUCCAUUCGUAUUAGAUCCAUUUCAGAAAGAAGCAAUCUUAUGUAUUGAAAACAAUCAAUCUGUACUUGUUUCUGCCCACACUUCAGCCGGUAAGACUGUCGUUGCUGAAUAUGCUGUUGCACGAGCUCUUUCAAUGAAGCAACGUGUGAUUUAUACAACACCAAUCAAAGCACUUUCCAAUCAAAAAUAUCGAGAGUUUCAUGAAGAGUUUCAAGACGUUGGUCUCGUAACCGGUGACAUCACAAUCAACCCAUCAGCAUCAUGUCUCAUUAUGACAACAGAAAUCCUUCGUAACAUGCUUUACAGAGGUUCAGAAAUUAUGCGAGAAGUUGGUUGGGUGAUUUUUGAUGAAAUUCAUUACAUGAGAGAUAAAGAGCGUGGAGUUGUUUGGGAAGAAACUUUAAUUCUUUUGCCUGACAAUGUUCACUACGUUUUCCUCUCAGCAACAAUUCCAAAUGCUCGUCAAUUUGCUGAAUGGGUUUGUCAUAUUCAUCGUCAACCAUGUCAUGUUGUUUAUACCGAUUAUCGUCCAACUCCACUUCAACAUUACAUUUUUCCAGCUGGUGGCGAUGGAAUUCAUCUUGUCGUUGAUGAAAAUGGAAAUUUUAAAGAAGAUAAUUUUAAUACAGCAAUGAAUGUGUUACUAAAUGCUGGUGAGGCUGCAAAAGGCGAUCAGAAAGGACGCAAAGGAGGAAAUAAAGCGACAGGUCCUGGUGGAACAACAAACAUAUUUAAGAUUGUUAAAAUGAUCAUGGAACAUAAUCUUGCUCCUGUCAUUAUUUUCUCAUUCAGCAAGCGUGAUUGUGAAAAUUACGCAUCGCAAAUGGCACGAUUAGAUUUCAAUACAAUUGAAGAGAAGAAGCUCGUUGAUGAAGUGUUCAAUAACGCGAUGGAUGUGCUAAGUGAAGAAGAUCGAAAGCUACCGCAAGUUCAGAAUUUAUUGCCAAUUCUAAGACGUGGAAUUGGAAUUCAUCAUGGUGGAUUGCUGCCGAUAUUAAAAGAAACAAUUGAAAUAUUAUUUGGCGAAGGACUAUUAAAAGCACUUUUUGCAACCGAAACAUUUGCAAUGGGCUUAAAUAUGCCAGCAAGAACUGUUGUCUUCACCAGUAGUCGAAAGUUUGAUGGAAAAAACUUUCGUGAAGUUACAUCGGGUGAAUAUAUUCAAAUGUCAGGUCGUGCUGGUCGUCGAGGUUUAGAUGACAAAGGUAUUGUAAUUCUUAUGGUUGAUGAGAAAGUAUCACCAGCCAUUGGGAAAGAAAUCGUACAAGGAAAGCCAGAUGCAAUCAAUUCAGCUUUUCAUUUAACAUACAACAUGGUUUUGAAUCUUUUAAGAGUUGAAGAAAUCAAUCCGGAAUACAUGUUGGAACGUUCAUUCUUUCAAUUUCAAAACCAAUCAAGCAUACCUGAUCUUUACAAGAAAGUUUUGGAUAAACAAAAAGCAUUUGAUGAAUGCGAAAUACAAGAGGAAACAAACAUCAGCAGUUAUCAUCAUAUUCGUGAACAACUUGACAUGUUGGGAAAACAAUAUCAUGAGUUUUAUACAAAUCCACAAUAUCUUGUGCCAUUUCUUCAACCUGGUCGAAUGGUGAAAGUUAAAACUGAAGAUGAUGAAUAUGAUUGGGGAAUUAUUGUAAAUUUCAAAAAAGAUACAAAAGAUAAUGCGAAGAAUCCAUUAAAAUCGGUAACGCGUGUGAUUGUUGACAUUUUACUUCAUGUUGAUGAUGAAUCGGAGAAGGAAGGAAUUCCAAAGCCUUGUCCGGAAGGAAAGAAAGGUUCAGUUGAAGUUGUUCCAGUUAUAUCGGGAUUGAUAUCAAAAGUCAGCAGUUUAAGGAUUUACUAUCCAAAUGAUCUUCGACCGUCAGAUAAUCGUCGAUCAGUUUUGAAUCGAAUAAACGAAGUUAAAAAACGAUAUCCGAAUGGACCGCCACUUUUAAAUCCAGUUCAAGAUAUGCACAUAAAAGAUAAAGAAUUUUUGAAUGUUUUGUCGAUGUUGGAGAAGUUUGAGAAGCGACUUUUUGCACAUCCACUACAUGACAGUUCCGAGCUUGCUGAAAUCUACACGAAAUAUUUGGCAAAGCUUGAAAUUGAAAAGGAAUUAAAGCAAGCAAAACAAGCAUUGAAGCAAGCGAAAAGUUUAUUACAAAUGGAAGAUUUGAAGCAUCGAAAGCGAGUGUUGAGACAUUUUGCGAGGCGAAUUGCAAAAGUGUCGAUUGAAUGUAAACUUGAGUUGGAUGAGGAACAAUAUGUGGAGAAGUUUAAGCCGACAUUAAUGGAUGUUGUGCUUGCUUGGUGUAAAGGUGCUUCAUUCUUUCAAGUUUGUAAGAUGACUGAUGUCUUUGAAGGAAGCAUUAUUCGUUGCAUGCGACGAUUGGAAGAACUUUUGCGACAAAUGGUACAAGCAUCAAAGACUAUCGGCAAUACAGAUUUGGAGAAUAAAUUCUCGGAAGGCAUAAGAUUACUGAAGCGUGACAUUGUUUUUGCUGCGGAAAGGAUAAAAAUUAUAACUGCAAGUGCCCGAAUUAAUUUAAGUAAAGUUAAUAAAGCAGUGACAAAGAUGGAUCACAAAAUUUUAUUUGGAUUUUUAAUCGCAAUUUUAUUGACGCUCAACGGUAGCGUCGUAGUCGGAGAUCAGGAUAAGGAUAUUCCACAUAACGAAGUACGCAAUUGGGCGCUUAAAUUUGGCGUCGAUUUAUGGGAGUUUGGGAGACAAUUUACGAAAAUUUCCGAUAUCAAAAAUAGAUUUAAGGAGAACGAUUUCGAGGUUGUAAGGAAGGAUGGACUCGUGUUUCUACGUGAAAUGGCAGCUGAAGUUAAAAACUUUAUGGAUUUUAAAAUGAGUGCUGUAAUGAGAAUAAUGGAUUCGGCCGAACAAGCAGCACUAUCCGAAUCUGAUCCCGAACAUCAAGCUCAAAAGUCACAUUCGAAUGUGUUUUACGACGCUCGACGAGUAAACGUUUAUGACUCUGAUGGGAAAUUGGCAGAUGGUGCCAAGCACAUGCUGUUAAGACACAUGAAAAGAUUUGAAGGCUUACCGGUGAACGUGAGUUUAAGUUCGGUACUUUUCACCGAUGGCGUUGAAUUAGAUCCUGAAACGCAAUCAGCAAUUUCGUGGUCGUCUCACUUAGAUCCACUUUUUGCGAAUAAUCUUGAGAAGGAUUCAGCAUUGUCAUGGCAGUAUUUCGGUUCAAGAUCAGGGUUUUUACGAAGAUUUCCAGGCACUGCAUGGCCACCCGAAGGAUCUCGAGGCAAUCGUGAAAUAAAUGAUUUUCGAGUUGAAGAUUGGUUCGUGCAAGCAGCUUCAUCGCCCAAGGACGUCAUCAUUCUUCUAGAUUCGUCAGGAUCAAUGUCAGGAAAACAAUUUGCUUUAGCCAAAACAACAGCAUUUACAAUCUUAGAAACUCUCGGUGACGACGAUUACGUGAAUCUCAUAACAUUCUCAGACGUUGUACGGUCAGCUGUUCCAUGCUUUUCAAGCAAAAUGGUUCGUGCAACGCCUGAUAAUAUGCGAGAAAUAAUUGCAGCAACAAAUGCUAUCAAAUGUGAAAAUGUUGCAAACUUCUCCGGUGCACUUGAUGAAGCUUUCGAUUUGUUACAUAAAUAUAAUGUCAGUGGACAAGGCAGUCAAUGUAAUCAAGCGAUUAUGUUGAUAACCGAUGGACCUUCAGAGUCACAUGCUGAGUUGAUUAAACAUCACAACUUUCCACACAUGCCGGUGAGACUUUUCACUUAUCUCAUUGGAAAAGAUUCCAGCAGCGCUGAGAACCUUCACAAUAUGGCAUGUCAGAAUAAAGGAUUUUAUGCACAAAUAAAUUCACCAGAAGAUGCAAAAAGAAAAGUUCUCGAAUAUGCGCUUGUUAUGGCACGUCCGAUGGUUCUUUAUCAAGCUGACCAUCCCGUUCAUUGGAGUCCAGUUUUUGUUGGUGGGUAUAGCAGUUUAUUGGGCAGAGAUAAUGAAGGGAAGAGAAAGCUUGUUACGACAGUAUCGGCGCCUGUUUUUGAUCGACGAAAUCAUUCUGUUCGUGUUGCAAAUAUUCUUGGAGUUGUCGGCACCGAUGUUCCAAUAGAAGAAAUCCAAAAAGUUAUUCCACGACAUAAACUCGGUGCCAACGGUUACUCAUUCAUUGUUGACAACAAUGGAAGACUUUUAUAUCAUCCAGAUUUGCGUCCAUUGACUGACAACGGAGUGUACAUGACAAUGUUGAAGCCUAAAUACAAUUCAAUUGAUCUCACCGAAACUGAAGUUCCUGAAAUUGAAUUCACUAGUAAUGGAAAUCCUGGAAACGCAGAAUUACGAAUGGAUGAAAACAAGCAAGCUUUGUUUGAUAUGAGACAAGAAAUGGUUUCACAAAAAGAAGGUGAAAUGGAAUUGACUGUAUUAACGCAUAUGGAUGAUAUGAAGAGAGUUUCAUUGCGUACACAAAAAUACUUUUAUGGACCCAUUGAAGGAACGCCAUUUUCUUUAGGGUUGGCAUUGCCUGAAAGAUAUGGCUUGCAUGAGUUGGUGUCACAGCAAGAAAUCAGACACUCUCAUGUGAAUGUGACAGAAUAUUUUAAAGGUCUGAACUGGAAAGUUCAUCCUGACUUUGUCUAUUGUGAAUACAAUAGCUUGAAAGAUAUGGACAAAGAGUUGGAGUUCUCUGGUGAUUCGUUCUUCCGUGAUCGUGAAGAUUCGUUUGAUACACCAGAGGAACAGGUGUUGCACUUUAUGGCUCGUGCUGGAAGACCUGGUUGGAAAUGGAUGUCGCUUCGAGCGAGAAGUCCACAACCACACCACACGCAUGGUGGACUUCCACCAAGCCAUUAUCAUCAGCCACCGCCUUCAAAUCAAAACUCACGAAAAGCUGAACCAUACUAUUGUGACCGUACGUUGUUUCAAAGCUUAGUACGGGAUGCAAUGGUGACAGAAACUUUUGGACAAGAAAACGUUCGAAGUACGGGAAAGAAGGAAGACAAACACCCUAUUGCCACUUUAAUGGCACUUUUGCACAGGCAAGGCUAUCAAAUGUUUGGAGUUAAAACAUCAUUCAUUGCAACACGUUCAGGGUUGUUAAGAUGGAAAGAUCACACGAAUCAUACAAACGAUCCGUUAGAACCUCAUUUUGCUGACCUAAACGCAAAAGCAAUGGACACAUCUUGGUAUAGAAGAGCGGUUGAUCAACAUGCAAUUGAACCUGACAGUUUCGUGUUUAAUGUUCCAUUUGAUUCUGGCUACAAUGGGAAGAAUAGUUCAGUUUUAGUGACAGCAGCACAUGCAAUGUUCAUUGAACAUCGUGGACAUAAAGCAGCUGCUGGUGUUGUUGGACUUCAAUUUACUCAUGAGUCAUUAGCAAAACAUUUCGUGAGCAUCACCUCAGCUUGCACCGGAACUGGUCAAUGUCAAAAACAUUGUGCAUCUGAUGAAUUAGACUGCUACGUUUUAGACAACAAUGGUUUUGUGCUUAUCUCAGAACGAACUGAACAUACUGGAAAGUUUUUUGGUCAAAUUGAUGGCACAAUUAUGGAUUCGCUCGUUCAAGAUCGUAUUUUUCGUCGUGUAGCUUUAAUGGAUUAUCAAGGAGUUUGUUCUGAUCGUGACAAUCCUUAUAACGCUGCUGGUCAACGAAUGAAUCCAAUUCAACCUAUUUCAUGGCUUUUAAAAUAUUUAUUCACCUUCUUUACUACUUGGUCUUCAUUCUUUACUCAACCUGUCAUCUCAUGGCCAUCCGCUUACAAUUAUGAAGACGAAGAAAACAUGCCAAUCUAUGAAGAUGAUUAUGAGCAACCUGAUUACAACAAUCAACCAGAUUUCAAUGAUCAUAUGACACCGGAGAUAGACACAAAUCCACCGCAACCCAGUCCACCUCGUGUUGUGGCACCUGCUUCGGGUGGUCCACGUGUCAUUCCCGAUCCAGCCCAUGCACGACCUUGUGAUUUAAAAACCGACCUUUAUCUUCUUCAACCUGACCGGUUGAAUUCAAGUGGUCAAAGUAAUCCUCUUAAAGGAAAGCUAACAAAUUGUCAUUCAACGGGCUGUGAAAGGCCCUUUAGUGUUCAAAAAAUCCCGCACAGUAAUUUAAUUCUCCUAGUAGUCGAUACGCUUUGUCCUUGUGGAUCAAAGCAGUUAGAUAUCGAGCCUCAAGAGGUUCCCGGUGGUGCAGGAGCUUGUGGGACACGACGACUAGCGCGUGAACUUCUCCCAAGAAAGCGACCACCGAAGUGUAUAAGUUACCAUCCUGAGGAGAUUGAGAUACAACAGUGUGGACGAGCGACGACAAUAAAAACAGCAAAUCUUUAUGUUACCAUCAUCACGUCCAUAGUCAUGUGGAUCAUUGCGAUGCAUGCAUGAUAGAGUGAAAGUUAUUAUGACAUUAGGCACGUCUUAUAAAAUGUUUAAUCGUAAGUUUUACGCUAUAAGUUGUUUACAAAAAUUUAAAGAGAUGAAAAAAAGAGAUUUAAAAACAUUGACAUAAAAGGUAUAAAAUGAGAAACGGACAAUAUUUGAGCGAAUUCUAUUGAUGUAGUUGCGGGUUGUGGUGAGCUACAUAAGUAAAUAAUCCGGGAAGUAUUCACAUAAUAUGUCACACGCUUUUAUAAAGAAGUUGGUCGUAAAAUGUUUUGCUGCAUUUGUCGUUUUAAAUAUAGAUUAGAAAUUUAAAUUCGACAGCUUGUUGAAUGCUUCUUGUGUGACAAAUUAUCUGAAUAAAUCCCGAAUGAAAACUUUUCCAUUGUCAAAGUUAAGAUGAGAUAAAAAAAUGAAGUAAAAUAAAAUAAAAUCAAAGUCUGUGGUAAAACGAAAACUAUAAUAAAUGAGAAUUAAACAACAUUAUACAAGAAAAAGAAAGAAGUUAAUUAAAAUAAGUAUGAGAAACUUUUUUAAAAUAUUUAAUUUUAAAAUCGAAAAUGUCUGAGAUCGGCAG